AUGGAAGAUAAGCCUUUACCUUAUCGAUAUCAUCCACCACUACACUUUCAACCAGCUACACCACCAACUAAAACACGUAGCAAUAAUGAUCCUGUAAAAGUGGACCAGUUUAUUCGUCGACCUGUCUGUCCCGUUCGUAAUCAAGAGGAGAACACAUUGAAGGGCACAACUAUGAUCGAUUGCUCACAGCCACAAGUGCGACUAGCUUGGAGAAAACAUAUUGAAAAACCCUCUGUUCCGCCAGCCCCAGAGCCGGUUUCCAAUAGCAAUUUGCCUGUACCGGUUCAUACGCGUCAGCGAAGUAUGCCCGUGACAAUGCCAUCUUUUGAGAAAACCCCGCUGGUCCCUUCCAGUGGUCUGCUCAAUGUGGAUACCGAAUCGUUCACUCUAUCGCGCACAUCAAGCACUGGAAAUGUCAAAUCAAACGCAAUGCCCGGCCAGAACAGUUCGUAUAAUGUGGUCAUAGAUAUCCAGCUACGUGGCCCAGAACAUAUCAAUUUCACCAAUCGAAUGACUCAGAGUUUUAUCGAAGGUGGCGGUCAGAGGGUCCAGUUCACAGAUGGCCUCAUUGGGCGACAGUGUUCGACGAGUGAAUUGUCACGUAGUCUGAUCGAAGAUGUGCACACUUUGUCAUUGGGCUGUAGGCAUAAAGAAGCGCGAAACAACAAAUCUGGACCGGAAAUCAAUUUACCACAAAGAAAUCAAUCAUCCGAUUCGACAAUCUCACACAGACCAUCAGCGUGUCCGGAGACCACAGACAAUUCCACGACACCCAGUUUGGAUGUGUCCUCAGAACCUAUUGAGUUUGAGGACGUAAACAACCCGGACAAAACUCAAUUCACCUGUUGUUCACUUUACAACCCGAAGACAUCCAUUUCAAAUCGGAGGCGUGAAUCAAACACACUCGGAGAGCAAACAAAAGUUAAAAUUUCCUGGUCACCACCAAGAGCCGGACGUUCGAGUUCCGCAUCAAUGUCCCGAACUGAUCGAUAUUCCACGUGGAACAGAUCAAAAAUGAUCAAUUUCUCAAACGAUAUUGAUGUGCCCCAAUUGAUUCGUUUAUUACAAUCUCCUGAUCCGGAUGUGGUUGCAAAUGCAUCAGCCUAUCUGCAACACCUAGUCUAUCGAAAUCCUAGUCUGAAGGAUAAAACGCGUCAGUGUGGUGGAAUCGCCGCGCUCGUCCAAUUGCUCUUUUCGGAUCACGCCCAAAUCUGCCUGAAUACGGUCGGAGUAUUAAGAAAUCUGACCAGUGGAGACAAUUUGGAAAUUAAAGCUGGAAUUCGUGAAAAGAAUAAAAUCUUACUGAAGGCGAAUCCAUACAGAUCACCGCAAUGUGGCCCAGGCCAAAUUUUUGUUGGUUAG